AAAGAGGCUCCUAGAUAUUUGGGUUUCACAUCUCUGUGUUUACGGUUCAGAGCGAGAGAAGAAGGACAAAAGAAGAGGCUCAUAGCCCCAUUGGUUUAUAGAGAGAGAUGAAGUAGGGACAGUUCAUCGGCUUUGGUUUAUAGAGAGAGAAGAAGGAAGAAGGAAGAGUUCUUCGGCUUCACAACCCUAAUGGAAGAGGCCCUAACUGAUUUUUAGAGAGAGAAAAGGAAAGGAAGAUGGGAUGCUAAUUUGGGAUAGUUUGAAGAGGAUUUUUCUCUCUGAUUUGAGUUGUUGUUGUUUGAGAGAAAGCCCUAAUUAUACUGAGUUCUUGUUUGAGAGAAAGCCCUAGUUAUACUAAUUUGUGAAGAGGCCCUAACUGAUUUUUUUAUUUGUGAAGAGGCCCUGAUUUUUACAGAGAGAAAAGGAAGAGGGUUUUUCAUUUUGUUGGGGAAACAACAAGUUUGGGGUAUUGCUUGCUCCUGAGAAUUCAGAUAACCGUGCUUUUACUUCUAAUAACGAGAACGUGGAAAUCGUGAACCUGCUGCUCGCUCGUGGCUUGCCCUUAUCUCUCCCUCUCAAAGCCCUGCGCCUGUCUCAAAGCCGUGCCUUUCAUCUUCUUCAACAAGGCAAUUCAAACAGUGGACAGGACUGUCCAUGUUUCUUCUCAGGUGCCAUCCAAACAACUGACAGCAGUAUCCCAAGGACAGACCAAUUCCAGUAUAAGCCUAUCCCCAAGACAGGCUUCUUCAGGUACCCAAACGAGCCCUAAGGGAAUCGCCGCAAAAAGCUAACAAGAAUAAUGCAAUACAUCUACAAUAGUCUCUGAGAGAUCAUAUUAGUCCCUCAGGCAGAGAGAACUCCCACUCUUACCUUCGAACCCUAGAGAGAGGGAAAGAGAGAGAGAAGAGAGAGAGAGCCCAGGGUGGGAGAGCCAUGGCAGCCUACUUGCAGAGAAGGUUCAAUAACCCUUGCAAACUGAAACCCUUAUUCUCUAUCUACGCCCUUCGUUUCAAGAGCAAUAGGGCAUCGGAGCAUGAGCACUUGGAGCCAUCACCAUUUCUAGCCAGCUGGUCUUCCCCAAAAGACCCUCGAGUUGCAGAGAAGAAGCUCACACAACUUAGAAGAGACUAUGCGAAAUCCAUGAGAGAGGUGAGGAGAGAGUAUCGCUUCGAGGUUGAGGCUCAAAUGGAGGAGAAGAGGCGCAAAGAUGAAGCCAAACGUGAAGUGCUGCGUCUGGCUAAAGAGGAUCGGAAGGCUGAAAAGGCUCGCCUAUCACAAGAAAGAGCGGCAGAGCGGCAAAAAUUUGAACAGGAGUUUCGAGAAACCUUGAUGAAAGAAAGAGCUGAGAAGCAGGCAAAUUGGAGGGCAAAAGAAGAGAGGAGGGAAGAGAAGAAGAGAGAGAAAAAAGAACUGCUUAGACGGCAGAGUUCUUUGUGGAUCGAUGAAAAUGAUUUGGAAAAGAGAGUGCUCGAGGCUAUUGUUGAUACUAUACCCUUGUGAAUCUAUGGGAUGCGGAAAUUCUCAUGUCGGGUUGCUUUUGUUUAUCAUCUCUCUUUUAUUUGGUCUUGACAUACAAAACUGGAAGGCCAACUCAUAUUUCAUCUUUCUAAUAUUUAGGAAUUGACAUGAAAAAUAGUAGUAAUGAGAUGCCUUACUUGUGUCAUAUGUUAAUUUAUUGUUUGGUGGAUUACCUCGACUUAAAAAUCUGGCCAAAACGUGGGGAUAAUGACUCAGAGGACUUUCAACUAUGAU